CGAAACAACGUCUCCCAUUGCUGCGAUGAACCUCUACCUAGUCACGCCCACAACUCUGGUAUUCUACGUCCCACAAACACCUUGUCCAAUUCCUGUAAUGUACCGUCUCACUGCCACCCACCGUCGCUUCCGGUUUCCCCAUGCCACCUCUCGAUAGCAUGAAGACGCACGUCGCAGACUCUGUGAUGCUACGCUCGGUCCUCACCAUCUUCGCUGGAAGUUCUCGCCAUCUUUGUCGAUCCAUAUCUAUAAUUGCACGGCGAUCCGUGAAUCCUCAUGAUUCUCUUGAUCAUGCCAUGCAAAAUACGCUCGUCCUCCCGUGCUCGAAGUGGCAACACCUACCUCGCGACAUCAAACGCCGACAGAAUCUGCAACCGGUACUCUCAGCCUUCAUCAUCUUAACGUGAGGUCCUUGCCAUUCCCCGCCGGCCGCCCCCCUUAACGGGACUGCAAGUCGUGCACUCUCAUGAACCUGUCGAUCGCGUCCUACGGAGGUUGCUCUUGCCGACCUAGGUCUUUG